AUGCCCGGGCGCCUGGCGGCGGGGCUGCGCGUGGCCGGGACGAGCCUGUUCGCCGGGGCGGUGCUGGGCGGCAUCCUGGCGGCCUACGUGACGGGCUACCAGUUCAUCCACACGGAGCAGCACUACCUGUCCUUCGGGCUGUACGGCGCCAUCCUGGGCCUGCACCUGGGCACGCAGAGCCUCUUCGCCUUCCUGGAGCACCGCCGCAUGCGCCGCCCGGGCCGCCCCCCGCUGAAGCUGGCCCGCUCGGUGGCCCUCUGCAUCGCCGCCUUCCAGGAGGACCCCGCCUACCUGCGCCAGUGCCUCCGCGCCGUCCGCCGCCUCUCCUUCCCGGGCCUCCGCGUAGUGCUGGUGGUGGACGGCAACGGGCCCGGCGACGCCUACAUGCGCGACAUCUUCCACGAGGUCCUCGGCGCCGCCGACGGCGCCGCCGCCUCCUACGUCUGGGCGGGCAACUUCCACGCGCCGGCCCCCGGCGGCGAGGCGGCCCGCGCCGUGCGCCACGUCCAGGCCCUGGUGCGCCGCCACGCCUACGUCUGCAUCCUCCAGCGGUGGGGCGGCAAGCGCGAGGUCAUGUACACCGCCUUCCGCGCCCUCGGGGACUCCGUCGACUACGUCCAGGUGUGUGACUCUGACACGGUCCUGGACCCGGCCUGCACGGUGGAGAUGCUGCGCAUCCUGGAGGAGGACCCCCACGUCGGCGGGGUUGGUGGAGAUGUGCAGAUCCUGAACAAGUACGACUCGUGGAUCUCCUUCCUGAGCAGCGUCCGCUACUGGAUGGCGUUCAACGUGGAGCGGGCCUGCCAGUCCUACUUUGGCUGCGUCCAGUGCAUCAGCGGGCCCCUGGGCAUGUACCGCAACGCCCUGCUGCAGCACUUCCUGGAGGACUGGUACGACCAGACCUUCCUGGGCAGCAAGUGCAGCUUCGGGGACGACCGGCACCUCACCAACCGCGUCCUGAGCCUGGGCUACCGGACCAAGUACACGGCCCGCGCCAAGUGCCUGACCGAGACACCCACCCGGUACCUCCGCUGGCUCAACCAGCAGACCCGCUGGAGCAAGUCCUACUUCCGGGAGUGGCUCUACAACGCCCUGUGGUUCCACAAGCACCACCUCUGGAUGACCUACGAGUCGGUGGUGACGGGCUUCUUCCCCUUCUUCCUCAUUGCCACCGUCAUCCAGCUCUUCUACCGCGGGAGCUUCCUCCGGGGCAACGCCGAGAUGAUCUUCAUGUCCCUCUACUCCCUCCUCUACAUGUCCAGCCUGCUGCCGGCCAAGAUGUUCGCCAUCGCCACCAUCACCAAGUCCGGCUGGGGCACCUCCGGCCGCAAGACCAUCGUGGUCAACUUCAUCGGCCUCAUCCCCGUCUCUGUCUGGGUGGCCGUGCUGCUGGGCGGGCUGGCCUACACGGCCUACUGCCAGGACCUCUUCACGGACACGGAGCUGGCCUUCCUCAUCGCGGGAGCCGGCUUGUACGCCUGCUACUGGGUGGCACUGCUGGCCCUCUACCUGGCGGUCGUGGCCCGGCGCUGCAGCAAGCCCCAGGAGGAGCAGCACAGCCUGGCCUUCAUGGAGGUGUGA